ACAAACCGGUCCCUAAUCGGAACACUGCUCGUACUACGAUCUCAUUCAAGAGCAGCGACUGUGGCAACUAGUAGCGGAAUAUGCUAAAACUAAAAAAUUUUGUCAAGCUUGAAGUGGUUAAGGCCAUCACACACAAAAUGACAUAACUGCAUAUGCAUAGCAUAUUAGGCCUUUAGGAUAUUCCAAAUAAAUUGCAUAGCGCAUAACAUACGCAUAAGAAAUUGAAUUGAUCCAUUUCAUUAUACAUCUUCUUAUGAACCAUUUUCUUAUGCAAAAGCAUUAUGCAAGUUUGCUGGAUAUACCUUUAUAGUUCAUUUUCUCUCGCAAUUAGGUUUGGUUAGGUCAUGUUAUGUUAGAUUAGAUUAGGCUACGUCAAAUAGUAUGCAAACCGGUCGUAAAGGAGAAAAACAAAGAAUUUGGAAAAUGACUAUGAAAAUGUAAAAGAUUUCUAAUUACUUUAUUACAACUGUCAGGUCAUUUUCUUAACGUAUGUUUGUGUCAUCAAUGGUACUGAAUGCAGAAUAAAGGUUAUGGAAUACGACGAAAAUACAAUGCAAAUAGAAGAGCAACAAGCUAUUGAAGAAGAUGAAAAUGAAAAUUCGAAUAACGACAAUAAUGCACGAAAUAACGAUGAAAGUGAUGUCAAAACUGAACAUUCACAGCAUACAAAUUCAGCAGAUGUAAAUUUAGAUACCACGGAUAUAGACUCUGAUCAGACAUGCCCGAUUUGUAUGGAGCAAUGGACCAAUUCUGGGGAACAUCGCUUAUGCUGUUUACGCUGUGGACAUUUGUUUGGACAUAGUUGUAUUUUGAGAUGGCUGCAACAAUCUUGUACUGCUAUAAACCGUCGUUGUCCGCAAUGUAACAAGAAAGCUUUAGUAAAACAUAUCAGGAUGUUAUACGCAAAAAAAGUGGCAACAAUUGAUACUACCGAAUGUGAUUCACUAAAGAAGGAGUUGAUUAAUGUUACAGCUGAAAAAAAACUUUUGCAGUUGGAAUUAUCGCAAUAUAAUGCUCGUCUGAAAGUAUAUCAGCAGCAAGUGGAUUGUAUGAGGAAACAUAUUGCGGAACUGGAAAGUCAACAAUCAGAUAUUAAUAUUCAAAUGAACCAAAUUGCUUCGGGCAGUGUCUCCACUACAAAAUUUCAUCUUGAACGAUCUCUGGAGAUCUGCAAAGAUAGUGGAUGCCGUGUGUUAGACUAUAAUCCAUGGUACAAAUUGUUAGUUGUCUCUCAAAAGUCAUCAAAUGGAUUAUUUAAUGGAUAUGGUAUACGAAAGAUGGACUGUGAGUAUUUUAACUUGCGGCAAUUCGUCUAUUUGCACACUCAAGCUGUGAGAGAUGUGACCUUUCAUUCAACACAACAAACACUUCUUCUCAGUGCUGGUUUUGAUAAAUGUGCAAAGUUAAUGGACAUUCAAAACAAUAUGAUAGUGCAGACAUACCAAACAAACCAUCAACUUUGGAGUUGUUGCUGGUCAGGUGACAAUCCACAUACUUUUCUAGCUGGUGCACAAAAUGGAUCUAUCAGCCAGUUUGAUAUUAGACAAACUUCUGGUGCUAUUAGUGUCCUAGAUAGUUAUGGUGAUACGUCGCCGGUUGUAUCAAUGGCAACAGUGCCAUCUAAUCCUGGCAGUGGCAUCAGUAGAGGUGGAUUUGUAGCAUGUCGUUUAAGAACAUGUAAUGUAUACGAAAUUAAGGAUACUGCGUACCUGCCAAAGCAGAUGUUUUUGGAAGGUCCUUUUGUCUCAGUACGCUAUGAUGAAAAGAAUCAUCAUUGUCUCAUAUCAUCUCGUCCUAAUGCAAGGCAACCAUAUGCGAGACAUACAGUGUGUACUAUUGAAAAGCAUAUAUCUAAUGAUGACAUGGUCAUGUGUAAUACUGUGCAUACAUUUCAAGCUGGUAAUUCUCAACAGCUUUUAUCUCGACCUUGCUAUUUAUACAAGGAAAAUGACACGCUGGUCGCUGCGUAUAUAGAAUCAAAUAGUAAUAUAUCAUUGUGGAGUAUAGCAAGCGGCAGACAGUUACAUAGCCUUCCAUUAUCAGAUUCUAUUAUAGAUCUGUGUUCCUUUGAAGUUAAUAAUUAUUUAUUUUUAUCAACUCUUUCUACAAAAAGACUUAGGUUAUACAAAAAUGGAUAAAUAGCAUAAAGUACAAUAAAAAAAAAUAAAGCAAAUAUGACAUGA